AUGUUUGGUGCCUUCAUACUUACCGUACUUUUUGCCGGGGUUUACGCUGAGGACUGUGAAGAGGGAUGGACGCCUUAUAAAGUGAUGAACAGCUGCUACAAGAUGGUCAACGGACAGGCAUUCUGGCACGCCGAAGCCGAGUGCGCGGAGCAAGGAGCGCAUCUGACGUCAAUUUUGAAUGACGAGGAGAACCAGUUCAUUGAAGACAUGAUUUCAACGAAAAUCCCCGGAAACGAUGCCUGGGUUGGCGCGAUGGUGAUGACGCGCAACGACACGCAACACUAUUGGAUGGACGGGUCGCCGGUAAGCCAAAAAGUUGGCAAAUGGGCCGUUGAAGUCCUCGAUAAAACGAUGACACGGUUUUGCAUUCUUAAAAACGGAGACGGCCGAUUCGAGCAAAAGUCGUGCACCGACUUGAACAAAGGGAUCUGCAAGCGGCCAAUGGGCCAAGCUGCGGUGAAGCUCGAGAAGCCGCUUUGCGAUCAAGGGUGGACGGGGUCGAAGUGGACGGGUAGUUGCUAUAAGGUGACCCCUACGUCGAAAAGUGGUGAAGGUCAGGAGACAUGCAUUGAAAUUGCCGCAGCUGCGGGCAGCCAUUCGACUUACCUUGGAGCCAAGCGCGACGGAAAUGGCCAGUUUCAAUGGAUCGACGGCUCCACUUGGGACUACGCCUUUUGGACAUCCUACGGGCGACCCGACGAGUUCAAGACGUUUAAUUGCCUUGUGGCUUCCGACACGGUUGAGCCCAACAGCCACGACAGCCAUCGUUGGGCUGCCCGGGAUUGCGACGAAGUGCGAGCAACCUUAUGCAAAAAGCCCGGAAAUCCGAAGCCGACUGCU